CUGCACCUUGAAUGGCCAUCGAUUUCGGAGCGAGAUAGGCUGACCCACACAUGAGUAUGUGAGACAAGAGUGAGGGUGACUUGGGAAUAGUCGCAGCUACUUAAAGGCAACGUUUAUCUUAUCGGGGCUCUCUCGGAACUUGUUUAUUGGUAAGCGGUCCGCCGGCAACUGAUCGUAAAUCUCAGCCCUUCUGCCACUGAUGAUGUGGCUCCAAGCAAGAAGCGAAAAAAUGAAUGAACUCGGCCGAAUCAGAAGGCCACGUGGCUACUAUCACUUUGUAAAUAGAAUCCUAGACACCAUCACCAAAUUCACAGCCCCCGCAAUGGCCCAUCAGAGCAAAAUCCUUUGGCUGUUUUCUGAAGAUGGCCCUCACCUGCAGUACCAUGUGAUAAUCGAUGAGCCCAUGGCCGCCUAUCUCAAGGAUAAAUAUGCCGAGGCAAUUGGCGUGUCCCCUAGUUCCCUGAUCCUGGUCUUUGAUGGUAAACCAAUUCAGGAUCAGGACACCUUCGACUCUUUGGCCAUGGACGAUGAUGAUAUCAUAGACGUUUUAGUGUCCUAAUGCCAUGAAAACAUGUUUGUUUAUUUUUGAUUCACGUAAUUGCAGAGCAGAGUCAAUGAACUAAGCUACCGCAUGUACUUGGCAAGCACAGAGAGAAAUUGAUUAGGCCGUUUGAUGAAAUAUAUAAGUAAAUAAUGCCUGCUUGUAAUAUUAAAAAUUCGUAAAUUAAUUGUACAAAAAUUAUGAAAUUACAGCAGUUUUCUUUCUAUGUCCGGGUAUAAUUUCUGUAAAUUGUCAGCAAACAACAAUGCUGUCGACAUGCAACUAUCGAAGGAUUUAAGCGGAGAGGGUCUCGAAAAAUCCACAAAAGUGCCGCCAAACAUGCAAGACACCGAAAAAGGAGGCGUGGUCGCCGUGGCAAAAACAAUGAUGUGAAAGAUAUUAUCCACGAUAUUGCUGUGCCUGGCAUUAAAUGGGGUGAAACUUCUGCUAUAAUCAAAUGAUCUCUA